AUGGCGGAUCUAUUCAGUGGAGGUACUGUUGGAGCUGUGAUAGGCGAGAUGUUGAAAUAUGCUCUCCCAACAAUACAAAAUGGUCUAGAAUUUGGUCCAACUCUUGAGAUGAACAUCGAAACUUUGAACGCAUUGGCUCCUUUAGUUGAACAAAUCAAAGAUUACAGUGAUUUGUUGGGUCGACCCGGAGAAGAGAUAGAGUGAUAGCUUCAGAUAAGCAAGAAGCUUAAUCGAUGGAAGUUUUUUCGUUUGCCACGUUACAAAACCAAGCUUCAGAAGAAAGAUGAGGAACUUAAGAGACAUUUGAAUGUUAAUGUUCAAGUUGAGAAUAGAAGGGAUUUGAUGGAUGUGUUGAUUAAGGUGAAUGAAAUUUUAGAGUUUAUUAUGACUAUGAGAAAGGAGAAUUUAGUUAGUGCUCAAAUUUGGGGUUUAAGUGGUAAUCAAAUUUGGGGUUUGUGGGGUGCUCCUGAAGAACCUGUAUGUGUGGUGGGAAUGGAUGAGCCUUUAAAUAAUUUGAAGAUUGAAUUGAUUAAGGAUGGUGUUUCUGUACAUGUAUUGACUGGAUUUGGUGGAUCAGGAAAAAGCACUCUUGCUAAGAAGCUUUGUUGGGAUUCACAAAUCAAAGGCAAGUUCUGUGGAAACAUCUUCUAUGUUAGCCUCAAAAGAUUUCCCAGCUUGAAGCACAUUGUACAGACACUAUUUAAACACUGUGGACUUCGGGUGCCUGAGUUUCAUAACGACGAAGAUGCAUUCAACCGACUGAGAUUUCUGCUGAGUCAAAUUGGUAGAAAUCCAAUAUUAUUAGUCUUGGAUGAUGUUUAUCCUGGCUCAGAAAGACUUGUUGAAAGCCUUGUUGAGAUGUUAAAAUUCCGAAUGCUAGAUUGUAAGAUUUUGGUGACUUCAAGGGAGGUUGAAUUUAGAAGAUUUGGCACCCCAUGCCAGUUGUAUCCACUCCAUCAUGAUCAUGCAGUGUCCCUUUUUCUUCACUUUGCUCAGUUGAAUCACAGCAGCCGUUACAAAAAAAAAUUGAACCACAACAGCUCAUACAUGCCUGAUAAAAAUCUUGUCCAUGAAAUAGUGAAAGGUUGUGAAGGCUCGCCGUUGGUGCUUCAGGUCAUGGCUGGAUCACUCCAUCAGCAGCCUUUUGUGAAGUGGCAAAAUAUGAAGAAAUGUUUUAUGAGUCGAACCAAUCUUAAGUCUAAUAGCACUAAAUAUGCCACGAUGCAGGAUCUCCACCGAGAACAAGCAAUCCAUCAAAGCAAAGUGGAACCAUUUGAACAAAGAAAAAGGCAGGAGAUAAUUGAGUUGAAUGCUCAGUUGAAGAAAAAUGAUGCAUUGCAGAUUAGGAUAAAAAAGCUUGUUGGAGCCAUUGUGGCUCUAAGCUGUAUUGUUUGUAAUGCUUCUGAUAUUUCUGGUUGUAAUUGUUUAAGUAGCUUUAGUAAAAUAUUAGAGUAA